AGUGAUACCUGGCCAGUGCAAGCACAGAGGCUGGAAGGCAGUUUCCUGCACAACUCCUAAGGCAGCAGCUGUCCUGAGAUCAAGCAGGCAGGGGCCGGCCAGAAGCAUCGCUGGCCAUGGCAGCUGAAGGGUCCCGCAGGGGGCGGAGGGUGCCUCGAGCGGCUGCUGAGGAGGAGGCAGAGCGGAUUCUGGUACUAGGAGAAAGCUGGAAGCCCUGGCCCCGAACACGCCGGACAGUCCGAGGCUGCCUGGAGUGCGUGAAGCGCCUGCUGUUCCGUGUCGGCGAUGACUGGUACUUCCUCUUUUUCCUUGGGGUGAUUAUGGCGCUGAUCAGUUUCGCUAUGGAUUUCACCGUCUCCAGGCUAUUGAAUGCACACAAGUGGCUUUACCGAGAGCUUGGGGAUCACUUACUGCUGAAGUACUUGUCCUGGACAAUGUACCCAAUUGCCCUGUCAGCCUUCUCCACUGGCUUCUCUCAGAGCAUCACUCCACACUCCGGAGGCUCCGGCAUCCCAGAGCUCAAGACCAUUCUUACUGGAGUCAUGCUGGAGGAGUACCUGGCCAUCAAAAACUUUGGAGCCAAGGUGGUGGGUCUGACGUGCACGCUGGCGUGCGGGAGCACCGUGUUCCUCGGCAAAGUCGGUCCCUUUGUGCACCUCUCCAGCAUGAUUGCAGCAUAUUUAGGAAAGAUCCGAACAUCUGUCAGUGGGGAGUACGAGAACAAAACAAAGCAGAACGAGAUGCUAGUGGCAGCUGCUGCUGUUGGAGUCGCGACCGUCUUCGGGGCCCCCAUUAGUGGGGUCCUGUUCAGCAUUGAGGUGAUGUCAUCCCACUUUGCUGUCAGGGACUAUUGGAGGGGCUUCUUCUCUGCCACCUGCGGAGCCUUCAUGUUCCGCCUGCUCUCCGUCUUCAGCAGCGAACAAGAAACCAUCACUGCUCUCUUCAAGACCAGUUUCAAGAUCGAUUUCCCCUUUGAUCUCCCAGAGACGUUCUUCUUCAUGGCACUGGGGUAGGAGCAGGGUUACUUUGUGCUGUGCCAGCGCUGGCGCCUGGGCUACGUCCGGAGGAACUCGCUCACCGCCAAGCUGCUGGCUGCAGACAAGCCCAUUUAUUCCUCUCUGGUGGCCCUCCUGCUCGCCUCCAUCACGUUCCCGCCCAGCCUGGGGCACUUCAUGGCAUCCAGGCUCAGCAUGAAGGAGCAUCUCACCUCCCUCUUUGACAACCAGACGUGGGGCAUUCUGUCCCAGAAUGCAUCGCUGGCCAGGCCUCUUCAAGUUGACCCUAAAAACCUGUGGCUUGAGUGGUGGGAGCCCCGCAUUACCAUCUAUGGCAGCCUGGCGCUCUUCCUGGUGAUGAAGUUCUGGAUGCUGAUCUUGGCCACCACCAUGCCGAUGCCUGCUGGGUACUUCAUGCCGAUCUUUGUGUACGGGGCUGCGAUCGGGCGUUUGGUGGGAGAAGGGGUCGCCUUGCUCUUCCCCCAUGGGAUCCAGUCGGAUGGCUCAGUUAACACCAUCACUCCAGGCGGGUACGCGCUGGCUGGGGCAGCUGCUUUCUCGGGCUCGGUCACGCACACGCUCUCCACUGCCCUGCUGGCCUUUGAAAUGACCGGGCAGAUUGCCCACAUCCUGCCUGUCACCCUGGCUGUGCUGGUGGCCAAUGCCAUUGCCCAGAAGUUCCAGCCCUCGUUCUACGACGGCACCAUCAUCGUGAAGAAGCUGCCCUACCUGCCCCGCAUCAGGAGCCGGCACAUCGGCUCCUACAGUGUGACCACUCGCCAGUUCAUGAACCCCCACUUUGCAGUUCUGGCCAAGGGCGCCGGCUUUGAGGAGAUCCUCAGAGUUGUGACCUCUACUGACGACUUGGAGUACCCCAUUGUGGAGAGCGCAGAGUCUCUGAUUCUGGUGGGCAUGGUGCAAAGAGCCACACUGGUGAGAUACCUCCAGACCCAUGAUGAGGCCACGCCAGGGGAGAAGGAGCCAGAGGAGAAGUCUCACUCCAACGGGACGCUGGGGGACGACUGCACCAUCGAGCCAAUAACCCUCCAGCUGUCUCCGUGGACGUCUCUGCACCAGGCUCAUAACCUAUUUGAGCUGCUAAGGCAGGGGAGGGGGACUGAGACCAGCAGGAGCGGGCUGAAGGCGGCGAUUGAAGACCUCGCAAAUCCGAAGACACUGACAUGA